AUGGACGAUCUGCUGCCGAUCUCGGUGUACGACGAACCGUGCCUGCUGGUGUGUUUUCACUCGUUCUGCGCCAAGUGUUUGCGGGUGCGUGUGGUGGACGGACGGCUGAGCUGCACCAUCUGCAGUGGCGCGAGGAAGGUGCCGAGCUUGCUGCCGCCCUCCGCCGUGGCCGCCUCGCGCAGUCCACCCCGGCAUGGCCGGCGGCUGGUCUUGCAAGCCACGGCCCGGGCCAGGCCGCUGUGUGAGCGCUGCAAGAACGAGACGCACCGCGCCAAGAUGUUCUCCAUGCACGAGGUUAUGACGCUGUCGGAGCGAAGCUGCUGUGCGGUGCACAACGAGCCCCACAUCAUGUUCAGCACGGACAAGAAGGAGCUGCUCUGCAUCAACUGCUUCCGCGAGUACAGCGCCGAGUCCAAGCUGCACUGCGUCGACCUGGACACGGCCUACUCGGACAGCGUGCGCCGUCUGGAGCGGACCGUGGUGAGUAUCCGCGAGCUGCAGAACUCGGUGCGGGACGGCAUCAUCUUGUACCGGGCGCUGCUGGACGAGGUGCGCCACAACAUGGAGGCCGAGAAGACGGCCGUCGCCACGUUCUGCCGCCAGCUGCACGAGACCGUCAGCCAGCUGCAGGAGCGGCUGCUGGCCGAUGUCGAGGGGCAUGCCCCGCCGUGCGCCGGUGGCGAGCCAGACGAAUGUGCCGGCGCCGUGCUGCUCUCGUGUUAG